AACGCACCGUGAUCCAAUCAAGCAUCUAACGAUAGGCAGAAUGCGAAGCUGUGAGAGCUGGUCUGACAGCUAUUUUGGGGUGGUGCAUGCGCGAAGGCACGAGAUGUAGCGCUGAUACGAGAAGACUGUAUAAUUUGUUGGCACUCUGACACGUUACUUGGAGCAAAACCACCAUCAAAUCACUGCCUCGACCCGAAAGGCGAUGACGAGCACCGGUGCGUAUGCAUCGACUUUUUUCGCGCCAAUUCAAGCUUUUAUAACCCUACAUAACUAUAACAUUAUCUUUCCGGGUAUGGAUCACUCACUCAAUUCCAUCUCGGUUCAGUCGAAUAUCUUUGUCGACGAUCUCAGACGAGCACUAGCAUGUGUGGCUGACUUCGGGAUGGAAGUUAUACUAUCGGAGUUUUCUAGCGAGUCCUAUUUCUCUUCUUCCAUCGGAGGGAUGCUGAGAUGGAUCGGACGAGAGCUUUUUCAAGUUUGCGACGAAUCAAAUAAUUUUGUGGGCUUUCCUAGUACUCAAGGUGACGUAUAUUCCUUUGGAGGUGUCAUGUUUCAAGUGUGUCUCAGUGAUUGUGUCCUCAGCAUCGCCCUGGGUCCUUUCUGAUAAAACUCCCUAUCAUUACUUCCGGUGCGACAUACAGAUUCCUUGCGAUAUCUACAGGCAUCAAGCCAUUGCACCCAGACGCCUCCUAAAUGGACCGUUAUCCAGCAAUGCUGGACGGCUCCGAGAAGGGCAUAACCGAGGGUCAGAUGUUCUAGGGCUUAAGCGAUGAUAUGAAUGAAAGUGCGAGGAUCUUGUGCGAGAGGACACAAGCAUUCUAUGAUCUCUCGUAUCGAGAUUUAUCUGCAGUUCCUGGUACUGAUGAGAGCGGGCGGACGUGCACUUCGACGGUUGCGCGAGCAGGGUGGUGCUCACCUGCUAGACGGGCUGUAAUGAGACCGACUAAAGCAAGAG